AUGGAACUCCGACGAGCAGUCACACUUCGCAAGCGCCACGAGGAGAGACGCUACGAUGCCACCAGUCGCGCCGCGUUACUGGGAGCGGAGGGCGGCGACGGACCGAGACGACGGGGCUACAAUUCCGGGGGAGGUGGCGACGAUACCCCGGGGUCAGCUGCGGGAGACGCGCGAGAAAUGAAACAGUCCUUGCAGCGCACCCGAAAGAUGAUGGCAGAGCAGCUGGCCCGGGUGGCGCAAGUGUCGGAGGUCAUGGGCGAACAGGAUGCCUUGCUCAUGAACACGUUCGCCGAGCACCAGGGCAUCGGAGGAAGCUUGAAGCGAGCCGGCACAACGUUGACGAGGCUGAAGGCUGCUGAGGUGAUGGACACCAUCAUCAUGGUGGCCUCCACCUUUGUAUUCUUCGCCACGGUCUGCUUUGUGAUAUAUCAGAGGCUGCCCCUCUUGGGCCUCUUGUGACAGGGGCGUCGUUUGUGAGGCGCCGAGGAUCGAUUUUCCUGCAUCUUUGCUGUUUCUUGUUAUGUGUACUCUGUGGCAGAGUGUAAGCUCAGGCAAGAACGUGUGUGUGUAGUGUACAUUCAUCGGUCAUCACGAAGUGACGCCAACUUGAACGUGCUACUCUGUACGUACCCUCACGUAUUUCCGGCCAAGCUCUGGGAAUGUCGAGACGUUUUUUACCACCAACUGGGUCGUCCAAAAGCUGUGCCAUCGUGAACGAAUCCCAGUUCCUGGCACGAUGUGCUCUUUUGCUCUCUGAAGAAUACUGCUAGUAUUGCUCAGAAGCAACGAAGGAGAGACACGGGAUACGGGCAGGCGGCCGAAAAGGGGACUUUUAUAAAAGUACCUUGGUAGACGUUUGCCUCGGUAUAACAGCUCGAGAAGAGAUACACAAACCUUACUGUUUGUGUUUGUUAGUGUACUUCUAAUGCUCUUUUUGAUUGGGAGCGUGUGAUCG